GCGAGAGCCGUACUUUUCAGCUCUGUGUGCGCGGAGUGAGCAUCUCUCCUUGGCCGUAAAGCGAGCUCUCUCGUGUCUCUUGUUCGACGAGUGGAUUUCGAAAAAAGCGGUGGGACUACCGCUGAAGACAUCUCCCAACAGGAGCCCGAGCUGAUUGCACCUGGAUAACCCGUUCAGCGAGCGCAGACAGAAAGAGGGCAGAAAGUGUGCUGGUUAUUGUAGUGCAGCUGUUGGAUAGAAGUGAGGCAAUAUGAUCUUGAAACAGCACAUGUUCCUCACCCUCUACAGCAUCUUCGGGAUCGCCCUCAAAGUGGCAGCCACCAAAAACAAAGCGAGAGGAAGCCAAGGGCAGUUCCCCAUCGUCCAAAACAUGACGGUGACGGAGGGAAGCACAGCCACCAUGACCUGCAGCGUGGAUCACAACGACAACACCUCCCUCCAGUGGUCAAACCCCGCACAGCAGACCCUCUUCUUCGGGGACAAGAAAGCUCUGAGGGACAGUCGAAUUAACCUGGUGCGAGCCUCGUUUCAGGAGCUGACCAUCAGCAUCAGUGAGGUGUCCCUCUCCGACGAGGGCCUGUACACAUGCUCUCUCUUCACCAUGCCCGUCAAGACUGCCAAGGCCUUCCUCACCGUGCACAGAGUCCCUGACCAGCCUCAGAUCCUGGGCCUGACAAACCCACUUAUGGAGGGGCAGCAGGUCACUCUGACCUGCGUGACGUCCGGCAGCAAGCCCGCCGCAGACAUCCGGUGGUUCAGGAAUGGGAUCGAGGUCCCAGGUGUGAAGGAGGUGAAUUUAAGUGGCAAGACGUACACAGUGAAGAGCUCGCUGCAGAUGAAGGUGACCAAGAAUGAUGACGGGAUCCCCUACACCUGCCAGGUGGACCACGUGUCCCUGGCCUCGUCCCCACAGCAGGCCACCGAGGUGUUGGAGGUGCAGUAUGCCCCCCAAGUGCAGAUUAUACACAUCCAGCCAUUCCCCCAGGAGGGACAGUUCCUGAAGCUGGAGUGUGUGUCCAAGGGAAACCCUCCGCCAGAGCCCGUUCUGUGGACCAAAGAUGGUGGUGAGUUGCCCGACCUGGACAGAAUGAUUGUGGAGGGCCACGACCUGACCUUCACCUCCCUCAACAAGACAGACAACGGUACAUACCGCUGUGAGGCCAGCAACCUCCUGGGUACAGCGCAUGAGGAAUACAAACUAGUAGUCUACGACGCCCCCACUACCCCGCCUCCAUCCACAACACCUCCCCUUCAGCCCACCCCACCAGACACCACCCCCUUCAUAGACACCAAGCACGCCAACCCUGCAGCCACUGAUCCGAAUGCACUGGGGCAGCACAGCACAGACCAUGCUCUGAUUGGUGGAGUGGUGGCCGUGGUGGUCUUUGUGACACUCUGUUUAAUUAUCGUACUGGGGCGAUACCUGGCCAGGCAUAAAGGAACAUAUCUGACAAAUGAGGCGAAAGGUGCCGAUGAUGCCCCGGAUGCCGACACCGCCAUCAUCAACGCUGAGGGCAACCACGCGUCUGAGGAGAAGAAAGAGUACUUCAUCUAGAGCACAGGAGCAGAGGCCGUCGGCACAGAGCUACACGCCAUGCAACAUGAUGGGGGGGAGGUAGGGGAGGGGGGUAGGGGGACUACCACAUACCAGUGAACUACUUGGUCUUUCAUUAUUUCUGUCUCUUACUUUUCUUCUUCUGCUUCUUCUUCUUCUACUACUUCUUCUUCUUCUUCUUCCUCUUCUUCUUCUUCUUCUUCUUCUUUUAGUAAUUUUACCAUUUGCCUUUGGUCUGUUUUCAUUUGAUGACAUGUUUUACCACGGCAUUGGGUUUGUCUGUUUGUUUGUUUGUUUGGGCUCUAAACUGCAACUGCUUCACUGGUAACUUUGUAUGGGCACCUGUAGCUGCGGAAAAUGUCACCUUUUUUAUUCACGUUUCUGUAACAAUUGUAAGAGAAUGAAAUCAGACAUUUCUAGAGCUGCCUAUACAUUAUUGUUUCAAACAUAUUGACCCUUUCCUCAUACAACCUCAGCACAUCCACAUUGACACAGUGCCUAAAUAUACAGACCUCCCUCCCAUUGUAACGCCCCCAUUCAGUUACAGCAUAUGUCUUCUGUCUUGAGUUGCUUGCAUCUUCUUUACUGUUUAGUAGUAUUUAUGAUUUGGUUCAUAGAUAAAUUGUAUGGAGCCAUCCUUGUUUUAAUGUAGAGAUUUUCUUGCAAGUAUAGUACAUUAAGGAGUUUUGUAUGCCCAUUUUAGUAGCUGGAGUACAAAAAGUAGAAGCAAAGAGAUGUUCACCAGAUAUGAAAUACAGAAAAUAAUCAAGUAGAUCAACUGUUUAAUUGUUACAUAAGUGAGCACAAAAGAGUUGACAUAAUCACCAUCGCUAUUUCUUUUGUUCACAACAAUUUUUGAAAAAUUGUCUGUAUAUUCGAGCACUGACAUGCCCUGUCUCUGUAAAUAAGUUCUCUUAAUAUCAUCAUUCCAAAAGGUCAUCUUGUGGCAACACACACAUACAGUAUAUGAGUGGUUGUGUGUUUGAAUAGCUCUGACAUAUCCCCAGUGGCUGCAGUUUGACCAUUGUUUCCUAAUGACGCACAAGCACAAGAGACGAUUUCUCUGUCAGUCGAUUGGAUGCUGUAGGACACCAAGUUUAGUGUAAAGAUUGAGAAACACUGGUCUAUUGAAAUUAAAUGAGUAAAUAAGAAGUGUUGGAGUUUUUGAGUGUUAUAUGAGGCCAUUUGAUGCAUUCUACUGAUAUGACAAAUAAUUAGAAAUAAAUAGACCCUAAGUCACAUAUCCUCUAAAUGUAGUGAAAAGUAAAAAUGGUUGAUAAAUCUUGGAAUCCCUUUUAGAAAAUUGUGAUAAUGCAAGUUUAUCUAUCUAGUUCUUUUUCCUAUCUAGUUUUUUUUAUUUUUUCCCACUGAGAAUACAUUCUGUUUUUUUUUGUUUGUUUUUGCACAAGGCAUGUAUAUAAGUAAUUAUGUAAGUAUGAACUGUUUUUGUUUGUUUGAUUUGUUUUCUUCUCUCAUUUAUUUAAUUCCAUUUGAUUGACAGCAGCUGAAAUAAACAUGUUGAUGUCUGGGACUCAGACAGAGGUUCA